UUGCAUGGGUCAGCGUUACUUUGAGCCGAACGUGAUUCAGUGUGUCAGAGUACGUUAAGAACGUCUAACAUGGGACUAGCGGCUUCUAUAUGCAUAAAAGUUCUGCAACUUAUAGCUACGGUGGCUGCGUUGAUUCUGAAGAGAUUAUCGGACAAGUAUUCGGAACGAGUAUUUACAAUCAAUAAAAAGCAGUCCAGGGAAUGGACACUCUUGAAUAAUCUUUCAUGGACCAGGGAGGGCGAUGACUUCAGCACACUAACCUUUGUUGGAUAUACCUUCAUAGCUUCAGUUUUGCUCUUGUCAAGAAUUAUCGAUGGAACUUCCAACUAUAGAACCUGCGAAAUAAUUCUUCUUACCUGUGGAGUUUUGUUCUUCACCAUAGAAGGACUCUUGAAGUUCUUUGCCUUGGAGGAACUACCCGAUGAACUGACGACUUACGCAUAUACCCUUGGAGCUCUUUCGUUUUUCUGUGCAGCUUUAUUCGCUUUGGACUUAAUGCUAUUUAAAAAUUUGAUGAAAAUCAAAAACUCAAGUGCUCAGACGGAUCAGCUAAAGGAAACAGUGGCCAUGAAAGUUUACAAUUUGUCCCAAGAGGCUAAAACAUCUUGUUGCAACAAUGCUCCCCGAACUGAAUUAAUUAAUGAAAGGGAUAGAAAGUACCUGAGAACAGAUUUGUAGGCCAACCAUAUUAAAUACUUUAGAAUAUCUACAUCU